AUGGUUUUCAAAAGAAGAUCUAAGAAAUGGGAGGUUAUUGAGGAAUGGAGAAAAGAAGAGAAGUGGGAAUGGAGGGGCACGGCGGCGCAGGCCGGGAAAAGAGUCAAGGUACGGUUUUCUUUUUUCGUUUUUUUAUCCUUUUUUCUUCCUUUUUAUUAUUAUUUUUCUUUUCUUCUUUGCAUAUUUACAUUAAUUGUCUUUCUUGCAGAGUACAUCGUGACGUUCUACCUCUUAAAAACCUACGGGAUUUCCUGGUACCGAGAUGGAGGAAACUCGGCCGACUUGACCAGAAACUAUAAGAUCGUCCCUGUGGCUUAA